CCAACCUCAACCCGUCCCCCUUCCACCCUCACCACCACCUUGCACACCUCCUUGCAGCACAAAGAGUUGUACACUACUUACUGCUGAUCAACCCAAUCACCAAUUGCCCAUCAUGAGGUUCUUCCUCAUGGUCUGGGGCAUACUGCUUGCCCUCCUGGGCGUGGUCUCCGCCACUCCAGCCCCAACACCCGCGACGCCUGACCAGGCAACCCGUGUGAUCAUCGGCCCUCGUCGCCAUGGCUACUCCGACCUUCCUUCCAGCGUCCUUGUGUACAACGCCCGUGAGCCUGCCAAUGCGAUCCCUCAAUGGGUGACAGCGUCCGACCCCACCACUGGCGAGGACGCCAUCAUCUACAACCGAAACGAGAUCUACAACGCCCUCUGGCAAGGCUAUGAGACGUUGCAGCGCACCCGUGACACGGAGCCUGGAGAGCCGCUCGCCUUUGGAAAUGUUCUCUACCCCGCUGGCCUCAUUCCUGGGCUCUACUACCUGGAAGACACCCACUACGGACGAUAUGGCGAAUCGGUCGAGGUUGACUUGUACAUGUGGCCACUGCUGUGGACCAAUGGUUACACUGGACACAACCAGAACCCAGGUGAUGACCGUGUUGUAUUCAACGCGGACGGCGUCUACCUCGGAGUCAUCACCCGUCGCCCCACUGUUUUUUCUCUGACCAGCGGAGGAGGCUACAGGUGGUGCCCCCCGUCAAACGUCCGCGGCCAAUGGGUGGCCCAAUGGAUCGGCGGAACUCGAGGCUGGGACUACACUGGAGUCCCAGGAGACGGUGCUGAGCUGCAUUAUGUCGCACCCAACCGCUGGAACGUAGCCGACAGCCAGCGAAGCUGGUGGUGGCGUGCGAACCCAGGUGGCCACCCACCGACGGGGAGCCACGACAAGAUGUACAACUCGUCGGUCCCUGAGGACUACAACAACCCCCUCGACUUCCCGCCGGCUGACAACUCCACCGGCGUCUGGCAGACCUACGUGCCGCCGAGCAACACCACGGCCAACCUCACCCACGAGUUUGCGCCGUUUGACUGCCAGCUCGCUUUCGAACGCGGGGCUGGAGCCUACCAUCAGAGCUGCCAGACCCACUGGGAGCCCGGCUCGACGAGCAUGUUGGUCCGAAUCACGAUCUCGGGCACAGGCCAAUCCACCACCGACUGGUGCAGGAACAUCAUCUACAACAUGCACGACCAGUGCGGCGACAAGUUCAGCCUCGUCAACCACCAGUACGCAUGCGACUACCAGUACCCAGGGACCGCGACCUUCUCCAAGGUGACGGACCCCAAGGAUCCGGAGUACCUCAACUUCUACUUCGGCAUCGACAUGCACUUCUAUCUGGCGUGGCCGUGGGCCGCGGCCGACUCGGACCACAAGUGCAUGGCCGAGGCCGUCGAGAUGUCCAGCUGCCUGAGCGCCGGCGUCAAGUCGCGCAACGGCAAGUGGUGCCGCAGCCUGGACUGGAAGCCGGAUACCCCUGUCAUGGAGUGGUCGGAUGAUAUGGGCCCUGCCUAA